CGUGCUUUCCCGAGUGUGCCUCUGCGUGUGCGUGUGUCCGUGUGUCAGAGUGUGUGCAGCCUCCGCCGCAGCCAGGGCCCCGCCCCUCCCUUUUCCGCACUCCUUGUCAGGCCGGUGACUCAGUGACGCUUUCCUGCGGCUGGAGCCGGAGCGGAGCCAGAGCCGGAGCCGGGUGGGCCCGGGCACCUCUGGGCUUGAGGAUGUUUGCAGUGCAACCUGGGGCUCCCGAGCCCCCAUUCCUGGGGGGCCCACCUGCCUCUCUGUCUCAACAUGACUAUGAACCCGACAGUAACUCCAACUUUGUGGCCAGCACCUAUGAUGCCAAUGAGAACUGGAACCAGGGACUCGGGGGAGCCAGGGGGUUGGGUCUAGGAGAGGGGGAGCUGACUCUCGCGCAGAAUCUGCCCUCAGUCCCCUCUGACAACCAGGCUCUCCUGGGAAAGAGGCAGGCCUCUGCCCGUGGGCUUCCGGGGCCCCAGCCGGAUGGCUUCUUCCUCCGUAGGGCAGGGGAGAUGCGCAGCCCACCGGAGGGGGCUGAACUCCCCAUAGCUACGGGGCCUGAGCCAGAGAAGGGGGAUGGGGUGGGGGCCACAGCUGCUGCCGGCUCCCCCUUGGAAGAUAUCGGCUAUUCCAGCAGCUCUCUGAGUGUUGAAAGCCCUGAGAGCAGCCCAGGUCCCUCCUGGGACACCCCCAGCCCCUGUCCUGGCCCCCCAGAGCCCGGCCCGGCCCCCGAUGCCUUCCUACCCACGGUGACCCAAGCGGUGCAGCAGCUGCUGGCUCGGGAGCGAUACAAGGAGCAAGAGAAGGAAAAACACCACGUUCACCUGAUUAUGUAUCGACGCCUGGCUUUGCUACAGUGGAUCCGAGGCCUCCAGGGCCGCCUGGCUGGACAACAGGCCCGGCUGCAAGAGAGCUUUGACACAAUCCUAGACAACCGCAAGGAGCUCAUCCGAGGCCUCCAGCAGGGGCUGCCACCUCGACCCCAAGACAGGGGGUGAAUGCUGACUCCUUCCCAGCCUCCCUUCCCAGCUUCCAUCCCAGCCUCCUCCCCACUCUGUGACCCAUUGCUUCCUAAACUCAGUCUCACCUGGGGUCUGCCCUCAUCAGCUUUCCAGGGCUGAUGAUCCUCUUUGGGGGUUCUCUGCUUCCCCUUCUCCUGCUUCUUAGGAAGGCUCCCAGCAUCAUCACCAUAGCCCUCCCCAGACACCCUGUGCUUCUCUGCUAGGAGAUUUAUGGGAGGUAGGGGUCCAUAUUUUCAGAUUAUCCAGAAUUUGAAGAAUCUAGCUUGUCCCUCCCAUCACCUCCACAGUAAAGAGAUUAAUCACCUGUGAGCACCCUGCCUAGAAUGAUAGAUUGUCAGAACUGACAAAGCCCUUAGACACCUCAUCAUUCAAAUUCCUCAAUGGGCAAGCAAGGAGAUUACUGCCCAGAAAGGGGAAGGAACUCAAAGUGUAAUUACAGAGUUGGGAGCAGAACUGAGAUUAGAAACCAGGUCUUUUAGCUCCGGGACUUGACUUGGAGUUCUGCCUUCUCAACCAGAAUCUUUACCUGAGUUCUGACCACAAAGUCACCUGAGAAAAUGGUUAUUGGUGAUAUUUAUUUAUGACAUCUCAAUAAAAAAGAAUGUACAUUUAUAACUUAGAAUGUAAUGAACAAGAUGUUUAAAAUGUUGAGCAAAAGUUCUCUGUCUCUGAGUCUUC